UACUGAUGAGGAAUUGGCUCUAGUUUGCCGAUUAUUAUUCUAUCAACCAACAGGGUAUCAUUCCAACCCUGAAAAUUAUAGAAAGAUCUUAAAGCAGAGGGAUACUUCACAGGUUAGUUAUGGAAAAAUUUCACGUCCAAACUGCGUACAUAUGUGUGAUUUGUUACGCCUCACAAAUGAUACUGUCAAUAAAAAGACAUACAAAUGGGUACUUACUGUUAUAGAUGUCGCAUUCCGUUUUAAAUGGGCU